AUGAAUUUCACUUGUUCUAUGUGUUUUAAAGGUGAUUCAGAACAAGAUAGUCAAAAAGAAGCCAGAAAAAAAGUUGACAAAAUAUCACAAAAGAUAGAUAGACAAAUAUCAAUAUAUAAAAAGAUGGAAGUAAAUUGUAUAAAGCUACUGUUACUGGGUACUGGAGAAUCAGGAAAAUCUACACUAUUAAAACAAAUGAAAAUUAUUCACAUCAAUGGCUUUAGUAAUAAAAUAUUAUUUUGUUUAUAUUUAAGGGAAAGGCUAGAUUAUAUUCCAAUCAUUAAACAGAAUAUAAGAGAUGUAAUACUGUCAAUUCUUGGAGGCAUGAAAACGUUACAACUUGAAUUUAUUCAAACUCGAACUGCUGAUCUAGCUAAAAAUCUUAUAGACAAUUCUUUGGCUGAAGAUUAUACUUAUCCUGAUACAUUUUUUGAUGAGGUGGAUGAAAUAUGGCAUGAUCCAGGAGUUCAGAGAGCUUAUACAAGAUCUACGGAAUUCCAUUUAUUUGACUCAGCUACUUAUUUUAUGCGACGUUUUGAUGCUAUCAGAAGACCAGACUAUGUCCCAACAGAUCAGGAUAUUUUGAGGUGUCGUAAAAUGACUGAUAAUAUUAAUGAAUUACAGUUUGAUAUUCCAACAGGUCGAAAAUCGUCAGUUCGAUUUCGCAUAGUUGAUGUUAGUGGACAACGAGAUCAUCGACAAAAUCGAUUAAUCGAUUCAUUAGAAAUAUUCGAACAAGCAUGGAAUAAUAAAUAUUUACGAAAAGUUCCUAUGAUUGUCUUCUUGAAUAAGAUUGAUCUUUUAGAAGAGAAAAUAUGUAAUGGUCAUAGAAUAGAUCAUAUACAUAAUUUAGCUGAAGCAUGGCUUCAAUCUGCAAAAUGUUCAAGGCAUAAAACAUUCUAUGUGAAUCGAUCAAAAAAGAAUAGUUCAACUCGAGAAAUUCCACAAUUAUUGAAAACUGAUUGUAAUACACCAUUUGAAAGACAAAGUAUGACAUCAAAUCUUAUACAAUGUUCUAAGCUAUUUCCUUCAGCAUCCAUUGAAUAUAAUCAAGUCAAUAGAAAAUUAAGUAAUACAUUAGGAGGAGAUUCAUCAACAACUGACCCCUCAUUAAAUAAUCAUAAUAAUAAUAUUAACGAUAAUGAUAAUGAUAAUAAUAAUAAUACUAAUAAUACAUGGACUGAUCAACCACAAAUCAAUAAACGAUUUAGUAGUACAAUAUCAUUACAUUCAUCACUCCGAUUAAAUAAUUGCCCUGAAUAUUGUUGUUCAGUAAUACCAAUUCCAUGUAAACAACCAUCAAGUGGUUUGAGUAGUCGUUUAUCAUGUACUACACUUAUUGCACGUCUAGUCGCUGAAUCACCAUAUCACAACUUUAAACCAACUGCUCAACAAAGGACGGAAUUUUUAACAUGUCUUCUACCAACUACCAAACCAUUUAGAUAUCACCUUGACAACAUUACCAGUUAUCGUAAAAAAGGUAAUAGUACUGAUGUUGGAAUUGAAGAUGAAAUUUCUAAAAUAUUCCCACAACAACCUAAAUUUAUUAUUAAACAUCCUGAAACAGUUAGAACUGCAUGUUAUAUUAGGCAUUUAUUUGAGGAGCUGACAAAACGUGGUACAACAUCAUUUUGUGAUAAACGAAUAUGUUUAUUUUAUUAUACAUGUGCUGUGAACACUAACACAAUGCAUCAUAUCCUACAAGUAGUCAAGGCACUACCGCGCGAAUUCAACAGGACGGCUGGAAAAGAACGAUGA